AAUGAACAUUAAAACUGCGUACAUGUCUACAUUGAUCUCCCCUGCUAUGCGGCCAUUUUGUUAAUCGUUGACCAUGAAUUUCUACACAUGUUGUGUAUUUAUUGGACUUCUGGCACUUCUUCAUGCAGCUUAUUCUGCAGCGCAACAUAGAUCAUACUUGAGACUAACAGAACAAGAGUUCACCCACCUACCAUGGGAUAUAAUCAUCCAGUGUAUGGCCUCACUAAUUCUAGUCGUUUACGGGACGGUACACAUAGCUGGGAAUUUCAGGGAAAUCCGGGCAUCAGCUGAUCUUGACCACAAAACCUGGGAUAUGCUCGGCAACAGACAGGGUUUCCUCUCCUUCAACCACAGGGGCAAGGCAUUAUACAGGAAAAACUCAGCUGGUUAGAUUAAAGAGGUGUGGGAACAGCGUGAUG